AUGCUGCGGCGCACAUCAGGGAAGAGGGCAAUGCAUGCCUUUGUGCGAGCACCGCAUUACCGAUCUGUUCCUAGCGCUGGGCCAAACGGCAUUGUUAUAAACCGUGACAUGCUCGUUCACCAGUUCCGAGACUUCUACAAAACGCUGCAGCACUCCUCGCUGGUUGACAAGGUGCACUUGAUGUCCGAGAGGCCGUCAGUGGAGGCGUUGCGUGUGGCGGAUCAAAUGGCUUCUAUUGGGGCUACCUUUUUAGCAAUGCCGCUUACUGGCAUGGAGCACCGUGCGACGGAGUUCAUGGAGUCGAUGCGGUACGUGCGUGGCGCAGGCGGUCCCAGCACACUCGCCUCGUAUCUGCAGGACACGGAGAACUGCCGCUGCCAUAGCGGUGACAUUGUGUGCCUUCCGACAGGUAUUGCAGUUGGGCAUGGCCCUCGCACUAACGCUGUUGCUCACGAAACACUGAAACAACUGUUUGAGGUCAAGGAUGAUCAAUUCUCUUUUGACGUCUUCACACUGGAGCAGGAAGGUGACGCGCCACCGCUUGGUGACUACUUUGGUUUUGCCGGCAACAAUGUUCUCCUCACGUGGAAGGACGAACACGGUCUGCUGGCGGUUGACCAGUAUCAGCAGAAGCAGCCACAGGCCGAGAUGAACGUGGUGUACCUUGAGCCCGGAUGCCACUUCCUUUCUUUCUACGGCGUCGACUUAACAAUGGAUGUGCUGGUGCAGAAGGGGUACGAGCGGUCGAUGGACAGUAUUGCUGCUGCUGGGCUUAACCCCAUCCCGGUACAGUGGUCAGAGAUGGACAAGCUCGGCAUCUCCAUGCGAGCAGCUGUGCUACCGUUGAAGUUCCUCAAGGCAAACACUGGCGGCAUGUUAUCGCGGAAUAAGAGCCGCGGUGGGAGGUGGCAGACGCACCAAAUACCGUAA